UUCACACCCAUGACCCUCCUUUCCUUAUAUAAUACGGAGUACUCAUAGCUUUCUAUUCUCCCCCCCAAACACAAACACAAAAACCACAAACAUGGGUUUCCCAGUUGGAUACACAGAAGUAUUCAUCCCAACCCUCUUCAUCCACACUCUCACCUUACUUACCGUCAUCCGUAAAAUCCUCUUUAACCUUUUCAAUUACAUGGGCAUGCCCGACUUCCUCGAACCGGGUCCUGCAACCAUCGAACCACCGCCUGCCGCCCCCCGAAUAACCACCACUCCGCCGUUAUCCGCCAUCCUAACCCGGGAACUCCUCCCACUGGUACACGUGUCAAAGGAGCAAGAAGAGAGCAGAGAAAGCUGUGCAGUUUGCUUGUAUGAAUUUAGCAAUGGAGAAGAGAUCAGAUGGUUAUCCAACUGUAACCACAUUUUUCACAAGGAUUGUGUUGACCGUUGGAUUGACCUUGAUCAUCGUACUUGCCCUCUUUGCCGUACGCCGUUCCUUCUUCAUGAUUUGCUUGAUCAGUUUAAUCAACGCCUCUUAUUAGCUGCUGAUUCUUCCGAUCUUCUUCAGUACGUUGAUCAUUAUAACUACACUGAAUUUGCUCCUCUUUAAUUUUUUUUUUUUUAAUCAAACUAGCUUAGGUAAUUGAGGGUAGUUUAAUUUUCUUUUAUUUUGUCACUUUUUUAAUUUUACCGACUGUACAUGAUUAUUAUGAUGAGGCUGUACAUCACUAAUGAUAUAAUUUAGGAGGUUUUUUUAUAAUUAAAAAAUAAUAAUUGAACAAAUAUUAAGUAUAUACUUUAAAAUGAUAUUAAUAUGCGGAGUUGUUUUCUUCUAAACAAUCAGUUUUAAUACGAUACACGGAUUAUAUUUUUGUGCGUCUUUUGUUCAA